AGUCCAUGUGUACACGCGCGUGUCUAUUGCCAAUAUCUAGCCAAAAUGCCGGGUAUUCGGGCUGGUAUAGGCCCUUACUCUGAUGAGGCUGCCCCUAAGGUAGCUGAUUCGGUAAGGUACCUUAUGCCAAUCGCAAAGCUGCUGUUCAUACUGGUAGCAAUCCUAGGCUUCGGUUUCUGUAUGGCAAUGCUGCUGAUCGCUACUGUAGAAGCCAUAGAGAUAAAGGCUCUGAGCCCUAAUGAGGGCAAGCUAAAAAACGCUGACAUGACUGCGCUGAGCAUAGCUAUCGUUCUGAGUCAUCUAGCGCUCCACUUUCUGGGCUAUCGAUGCAGGUUCAUGAAGCUUCACUGGACCUCGUGGGACAGUGCACUGUUCAUAUUAGGCUUCGCGGUUGUUAUCUCGGCAUUCUUUGCAGUGUUCAUAGUGGUUAUGCCAGAUAAUGGGAUAAACAUAGUACAGGACAAAGAUAAGCAUUUUCGUGCCUAUGGCGCCAUGGGAUUCACUGGCCUGGAGCUACUAGCAAUGUUCGGGUUCAUCAUAUGCGCUAUGAAGACACACUGCUUCGGUGGCUGCAUGACACUUAACAAGAAGGUGUUCUAUACAUUUGCAUUCAUAUACAUGCUGGUAUUUGCUGCCCAUGCGUAUACGCUAAAGGAGUUAAAGGACAAUAAUGGCGAUUAUGGAAAAGAUAAUAAGACCUGGCAUCACCAUAGGUUCAUGGCAGCGGUUAACUACAUCUUCGUGAUUGGCCUAUGCAUCAGUGCUUACCAGGUAAACCUAUGCUGUAUGUCAUUUACAAUGUGUGAUGCUGUGUUCAUAUUCCUGACUGGCACUGUCAUAGGCAUAUUGAUAACAACAUGUCUCUCAAUGUUCCCAGAGAUUACACAACAGCAAUGGACCCUCGUAGGCCUUAUCGCUAUGCUAUAUAUACUUACGGUUGCACUGUUUUUGUACAUCCAUGCCAAGAGGCCGUUGUGCAGGUACUAUAACCCAGACGUAAUUACUUUCGGGAUAUUCGCACUACUGUUUCUGUUAUUGGUAUCUACCUUGAUAGCCCUGGGAGCAAAACACCAUCAACAUAUCAGCGCUAUCAAAGCCGAACUUCAAAGCAUUGCCCCAAUAGCCAUAUUUGUCUACGGCUUCGUGGCAUUCGUUAUCAUGUUAGUGUUCGGUUUCAAGGGCAACGCCAUCAAGGUUAUGAAGGCGUUCGCCAAGCAGGUGCGUGACCAGCGGCUACUUAGCAAUGCCCGUAUGCUAGAUACAGAAGAUUUGUACGACACAGGGGUUGAAACACCGGGUAGUGAAUGUAACCUUCGGGGGCCAGAGUCAUCAGGAGGUGUCUUCCGUGAUUCGUGGUUACACCCGACAAACUAGUAAGAUAUUCCAUCGGGACUGUGUCCUGGAAUUUGAAUUAAUCACACUGAUUGCUGGCAAUUUGUGUGCAUCUUAGGAUGACUAAUAUUGUCUGGACACUGUAUGUAUUAAUGAGACCGUUGGUAUCCGUACUGUCUGGAUUAAUAUGUUUGAACAUUUCAAACAUUUUAUACAAUUGUGGCAUUAUAAUUCGCAUGUUAAUAUACUGUAACAUACCCGCAAACACACUACCUCCGUGUAAAUUCUUCAAUUCCAUUACGGCGGCGGAUUUUACAACACUCAUG